AUGUUUUAUUUUUGGUCAUUAAUUUUGCCAUUUUUAACAGCAGUAAUCAUUUAUCUAUAUUUGUCAUGGAAGCGUACGUACAGCUACUGGAGCUCUCGUGGCAUACCUGGCCCGACACCCCUGCCUAUUGUCGGCAAUCUGAUGGCAACAUUUAUUAAGCCCUAUGUCUAUGAAAGUAGCAAAUGGUAUACAAAAUAUGGACCAUUAAUCGGUGUCUAUCGUUUCGAUAAACCGGAACUACUGAUAUCCGAUCCGGAACUCAUCAAACAGGUUAUGGUUAAAGAUUUCCAAUCGUUUCGCAAUCGGCGGCCAAUUAAACGGCGAAUCAACUCACGAUUCGGUAAAAUGUUGCCCAACUUGCGUGACGACGAGUGGCGCCGUAUGCGAAACAUACUGAACCCGGUGUUUACUACACGCAAACUGAAACUGAUGGUCGGCCUACUGGACGAAUGUUGUACAAGAUUUAUGGAUAACCUGGAGAAGACAAUCGCCGAAACGGGACCCAAAAUCAACAUCAAGAUAACAAUGAAAGACCUGUCGCUGGAUAUGAUAUCCAGUGCCGCAUUGGGCACUCGUAUCGAUAUCUAUAGCAAUCCUAACCAUCAGUUCCUGCGCAACGUUCACCGUAUUAUAGCUUUUCCUACUUAUCAGAUGUGUUUGCUAACACUGUUUCCCACACUAUCGGGACUGGUAUUCAAAACGAUCAAAUGGUUUGUCAAAGAGCCGCUACCCGACCAAUACUUCUAUGAUUUUUUGCUAAAGAUUAUACAAAACAGACAGUCGUCGGGUGUGAGGCGUAACGAUUUAUUGCAGAUACUUUGCGACAUCAAAACGGGUAACAAUAGUAGUAGUAGUAGUAGUAGUAGUAGUAGUAGUAGUGAUACGGCUACUACCGGUGCAGCCGCUGUUUCGGCUAAAGAGCCGAAAGAGUUGGACAGUAUUGAAGAAUCUGAACGACAACAACAUCCAGGGAUUUAUGGCGACGAAUCCUAUCUGAAAUCCGAUACAAAUAAGACAUUUAUAGCUCAGCUAACGGAUGAAGAAAUUUUUAGCCAAUGUUUUGUCUUUUUCUUUGCCGAUUUCGAUACGUUGGCCUCGACUGUGGCCAACAUGUUCUACGAGCUGGCACUACAGCCGGAUAUUCAGCGCCGACUUCGGGAAGAGUGCCGACAGGCUAUACAAGCCGACGGGUCGAUUGAUUACGAAACACUGAUGGCAUUGCCCUAUUUGGAUGCCUGUCUAUCGGAAACCAUACGCAUGUAUCCGACCAGCGGUGUCAUACCCAGGGAGGCCAUGGAAGACGUAGUACUGGGCGACACAGGUAUCACUAUAACGAAAGGCAUGAUAGUGGACACACCGGUCUAUCCUCUACAUCACGAUCCGAAAUAUUUCCCGAAUCCAUAUCGCUAUACGCCCGACCGAUUUAUCGGCGAAAAUCGUGACCAAAUCAAACCGUACGCCUAUCUGCCGUUCGGUGCCGGCCCCCGGCACUGUAUCGGUAUGCGGUUUGCACUGUUGGAGGCCAAACUCGGUAUGACUCGUAUACUGCAGCGUUUCGAGUUUUAUAGGGUAUCCGAGACUACAGUUCCCGUCAAGUUUCGGUCGCAUCCCGAGGUCCUAAUGACCGAACCGGUGAUUAUCGGUGUCAAGAAAAUUAAUUAG